AUGACCCAGCGACCGCAGCAGCAAUGCCCGGCCGUCUCCGCUGUCGCUGCAGCCCAGCCGCUGGCAGCGGCCACCGCCCAGGAGCCGCGCCAGGCCCACCAGCUCCGGCCCGUGGCUUCCUUCGUGCCCGUGACGCUGCGGCCCCCCGCCAGCGCCGCGUCCAUCGCAGCGGCGCCCGUGCGCGGGCCGGCAGUGUGCGCCGCCGACGUGCUCCGCCACGGGGAGGUCGUGCCCGUGGCGCCGGCUUCGCGGCCCCUGUGCCCAACCUUCGCGCAUGCACCAGUGGUGGUUGCGGCAAGCGCGGCUGCGGCCCACGCGGGCCCGCUGCCCCCGCCCACGCUGUACUCGUUCUAUCCCGAGGCGCAGCAGGGGGCGGCGGAGAAGGUCGCGGUGCUCGCCGUGCCAGAGGGGCAGCAGAAGGUGAAGGUGGCGCGGAAGCAGAAGGGCGCGUGCCUGUGCUGA